CUCCCUCCCCGCUUCCUCCUUGGCUUCUGGGUGGCCUUGGGAAAAUUCCAUGCCUUCUCUGAGCUUCAGUCUCCUUACCUGUACCAUGAUGAACGGGGUAAGGACCACCUCCGUGCAGGCAAACUCAACCUGGUAGACCUAGCAGGCAGUGAGCGACAAUCCAAGACUGGGGCCACAGGGGAAAGACUGAAGGAGGCCACCAAGAUCAACCUGUCACUGUCAGCACUGGGCAAUGUCAUCUCGGCUCUGGUGGAUGGACGUUGCAAGCACAUCCCUUACCGAGACUCAAAGCUGACGCGACUGCUACAGGACUCACUGGGAGGCAACACCAAGACUCUGAUGGUGGCCUGCCUGUCUCCUGCCGACAACAAUUACGACGAGAGCCUCAGCACCCUGCGCUAUGCCAACCGAGCCAAGAAUAUCAAGAACAAACCACGCAUUAACGAAGACCCCAAGGACGCGCUACUUCGAGAGUACCAGGAGGAGAUCAAGAGGCUAAAGGCCAUCCUGGCCCAGCAGAUGGGCCCUGGCCAUCUGUCAGCCCUGCUGUCCACUCAGACACCCGUGAGCCCUGCUCAGCCUGAGGAGAAGCAACUGCCUCCCGCUGCUGUACAGCAUGACACUGAGGCAGAGAAGCAGCUGAUCCGGGAGGAGUAUGAAGAGCGCCUGGCCCGCCUGAAGGCCGACUAUGAGGCAGAGCAAGAGUCUCGGGUCAGGCUGCAGGAGGACAUCACUGCCAUGCGUAACUCAUAUGACGUGAAGCUGUCCACGCUGGAGGAGAACCUACGCAAGGAGAAAGAAACAGAGGCAAUUCUCAAGGCAGAAGUCCUCUAUAAGACAGAGGUCAUGUCCAGGGCCGAGUUAGCCAACGGGUCUGAGUACUUACCAGCUUUGCAGUAUGAGACGGCGGUGAAGCCCACCAUCCUCUCCAUGCCCGACACCCUGCCUGGUGAUGUGGUCACCAAGAGCCAAGCUCCGCUCACAUUUGAGGAACUGUCCAAUGUGGAGCCGUCCAGGUCAGAGAUUUCUUUUGGGUCUAAUGAGUCAUCUACCCUCGAAGACUCCUCCAUGUCAGAGGCCUUCCCUGGACCUGAGGAGCUUUCCAACGUGGAGUUCUCCAUGCCUGGGGUGCUGGCGGAGAGCAGGUACUUCUCUGAUGAAUAUCUUGGUCCAGAGGCUGCUGCGUCUUCACUGGAGGCAGAGAACUACGUCCCAGAGGACGAGCCCCCACUGGAGCCCAUGCACGUGUUAGCAGACCUGCAAGAACCCUUUGCUGAAGUGGAAGCCAAACUAUCCACACUGUCCUGUACUGUGGCCAUGACGGACCUGUCCCAGAAGGAUGUCCCCCAGACUCCUGAGCAGCCAUCCUCGACGGACCUGCUGGAGCCCAGUGACAGGAAGUCAGAAGCUGAGGUGGUUGACAGCCUCCUCCUUGACACUGAGUCUGAUCUAGGCCUGAAGGUGGCUGAGGAGGUGAUGGCUGAGGCAGAGACUGGCAUGUGGAUGGAAUCGGAAGCCCACAUGGCCCAGGAGGCCGAGACGGCCCAGCCUCAGCCCUUGCUGGGCAUGCCGAGCGUGAGAAGGGAGAGUGUAGGCGUGGAAGUGGCUGUGCUGACCGAGGAGCUGCAGCCUGUGGAUCAACAGAGGGUGCUGGCCCGCUUGCAGUUGCUGGAGCAGCAGGUAGUGGGGGGCGAGCAGGCUAAGAACAAGGACCUGAAGGAGAAGCACAAGCGGCGCAAGCGGUACGCAGACGAGCGCAAAAAACAGCUGGUGGCCGCGCUGCAGAAUUCGGAUGAGGACAGUGGGGACUGGGUGCUGCUCAAUGUCUAUGACUCCAUCCAAGAGGAAGUGAGGGCCAAGAGCAAGCUGCUGGAGAAGAUGCAGAGGAAGCUCCGGGCAGCAGAGGUAGAAAUCAAGGAUCUGCAGUCAGAGUUCCAGCUGGAGAAGAUCGAUUACCUGGCAACCAUCCGCAGGCAGGAGCGGGACUCGAUGCUCUUCCAGCAACUCCUGGAGCAGGUGCAGCCGCUGAUUCGAAGGGACUGUAACUAUAGCAACCUGGAGAAGAUACGGCGAGAGUCGAGCUGGGAUGAGGAAAACGGCUUCUGGAAGAUCCCGGAUCCCAUCAUCAUAAAAACCAGCCUCCCAGUAGUUUCAACUGGGCCACAGAACAAGCCAGUCCGCAAAACCUCUGCAGUGGACAACGGCGAGCCGUUCAUGCAGGAGGAAGACCGGUAUAAGCUGAUGCUUAGUCGAAGCGACAGUGAAAAUAUUGCGAGUAACUACUUCCGGUCUAAGCGGGCCAGCCAGAUCCUCAGCACGGAUCCCAUGAAGAGCCUCACACAUCACAACUCACCACCAGGGCUCAACUGCCCCCUCAGCAACAACUCUGCCAUGCCACCGGCCCAGACCCCUGAAAUGCCCCAGCCCCGCCCCUUCCGCCUGGAGUCCCUUGACAUCCCCUUCUCCAAAGCCAAGCGUAAGAAAAGCAAAAGCAGAUUCGGCGGGGAGCCUCUGUGACCCAGCUGCCUGCUGCCACCUGUCCUUAGGCUUCUAGAAACUUCCAAGUCCUCCCCAUGAAGCCCCAACCAGGCCUCCUCUCCCCUGCUCCACAGUGACCCCAAACCCGAGAGGAUCUUAGCCCUGGGAAGGCACACCCCCUUCCCUGUUCCCUAGAAAACUCUAUUUGGCUCAGGGCCUGAGCUCUGUGGAAGUUGGACUGCCCUUCUCAGAAAGAGGCCUGCCCCAGCUGUUCACAGCAGCCAGUGUCCCCACUGACUUUCCUAGAGCCUACACUAGCCAGUGUGGGUCUACCUCCACGGGCUCAGGUGACCCUGGACCCUCACAAGCAUCCUCAGCACUGAGCACAGAGGCUGCCACGUGGACAAGGAUGAAGCUCAACAUCUUGACUAAGCUUAGGACCGCUCUCUUAUGGGCCCCUUCUGAGGGAGCCUGUGCCACGCAGUGGACACAGAUGGAGACCUGGAGCCAACUACUCUGCCUGGCCUACUUACUAUUGGUUGGACCACAGCCCAAAGAAGGUGCUUUAUUUAAGCUGCCCAAUAAACUGCCUUUUA